AUGUUACACGAUGAAGGCAGAAGCUCAAACACACACUGGAGGUUUCAGAAACGUUCUCUGAUUGACGCUUGUGUUGAGAUCUGCUGUGGGUUUGAUCCAUCAGAGAUCAGAGAAGAAGCUCCUCAGACUACAGGAGGAUUUCUGAAGAACUUCACAAAGGCAUUCACACGAGAGUCAAACCUGCAGGAACGAGAGUUUCCUCUGGCUCUGGUCAGGACUCCUGACUGUUUCUGCGGCUAUGCCACUGCUCGCUUCACUCUUCAUGAGCCGGUGAAAGAGGAGCUCUGUGCUGUGGAAAACAGCAGUCUGCCUAUCCAGAGUUCCCAUCAGCACUUCCUCCAGGUUUAUCAGACACCUGUUCAAGAUUCCAGAUGCACAGAGAAGAAGUUCCUACCUGAGAAGUCAAGCUCACUUGUGGCUUUGUCCAGUUUUCCUGGUGCAGGAAACACCUGGGUCAGGCAUCUGAUCGAGCUUGCCACAGGCUUCUACACAGGCAGUUACUACUUUGACGGCACGCUCUACAAUAGAGGCUUCAAGGGUGAGAAAGAUUAUUGGAAGAGUGGAAGAACCAUCUGUGUGAAGACCCAUGAGAGCGGCCAGCGGGAUAUCGAGGUGUAUGACUCAGCAAUACUGUUGAUAAGAAACCCCUACCGCUCGCUCAUGGCUGAGUUCAACCGCAAGUGCGCCGGGCAUCUUGGUUACGCUUCUGAUCAGCACUGGAAGAGCAAAGAGUGGCCAGAAUUUGUGGGUAGUUAUGCCUCGUGGUGGGCUUCGCACGUAUUGGACUGGCUGCGUUAUGGAAAGAACCUUCUGGUGGUGCAUUAUGAGGAGCUGCAGGAGUCACUGGUGCCCACGUUACGAUCCAUCACUUCCUUCCUCAAUACCAGUGUCAGCGAAGAUCGGCUCCUCUGUGCUGAGUGCAACAAGGAUGGCCACUUCAAGCGCUCAGGUGCACGACGGCCCAGCUUUGACCCCUUCACCCUAGAUAUGAAACGGCUGAUUGAUGGCUACAUCAGCACUGUGGACCAGGCCCUCAGAGCCAGCAACCUUUCUAGCUUGCCAAAGGAGUAUCUCCCUAGAUGAUAAGUCCAGAACUAGAGUACAGGGCUGGUUGUCUCGCUCAAACUCCAGUGCUACAAACUAUGAUGUCUUGGAGCUAUUUUGAUAUGUUAUUUCCUCACAUUUUGAGGCAGAAAAUAGUGCCAUUAUGAUGCUGUUGUGCUUUGAGAUCGUCAUGUUUUAACGGCGGUCCGUGGACCAGUCUGCGAAAGGAAACAAAGUUCAACUUUGUUGCCAUACCAUGGUGGAUAAUUAUAAAGAUUAGGUUUGAUGACUGCAGACUUGACCUUGAGGCUCUAGUCAGAGGCUAAUAAGUUCUCCUUGCUCUUUUGGGAAGAAACCUGAGUGCUUAAUAACAUUAGUCAACUACAAGUCACAAAAAGCCUAAAUAAGCAACAGAUAAUCUGACAUGUACUGUAGAUGAUAAUGAAAUGUCCACAUGACCACAAAAACAACAUCAUUUUAUUACUGUAUUGUGACAUUUUUGUUUGUUCACUUCGUAGAGAAAAAUGUGGACUGUUUACAAAGAUAAUGCUAUGAUGUAAUCUAUUAACAACAGGCGAUAACCACAGCAAAAAUUAUUUUAGUAUUUUUGUCUUUUUUCCAGUAAAAUAUCUCAACAUUCUUAAAACAAGAUACUUUGAGAAGCAAAACUACUUUUUAUUAUCUGAAAAAAAAAAAGUUUUAUCAAAGUUUAAAAUUAAAAAAGAACAAAUAGGGGAAGAAAAAUAAAACCUUCUAAUUAAGUUAAUUUUUCUUACCCAAUUGGCAGAUAUUUUUUCUUGUUUUAAGCAUCAACUUUUUCUCUAGAAAAUAAGACAAUACAAAAACAAGAAUUUUGCUUCUCAGAUAAAUGUAUAGUGAUUUUAAGAAUAUUUACAUAUUUUUACUGUAAAACAAGUCCAAAAAUACUGAACAAGAAAAUAAUUUUUGUAGUGUGUUGAGGACAAGGUUGAGGACAAUGUUAUCAAGUAUUGAAAAAGUCUCAUUGACCACAAAACUGAAUAUGAAGUGUAAUAUUAUAUUGUUGGAAAACAGAAUAACAAACACGCUUCCCUUCCAAACCUUCAAGAUCAAGAAAAAUGAUAUGGCAAACAGACGUAGAAUAUAUCAGUGAAACAAAAGGUGACUGUCCCCAUCCCGCUAGAUUCUCUCAGAACGAAACCAAAGCUUUCAACUAGACUAGACAAGACUUGCCUUGCAGAAUGACGCUAGCAUGAUGCUAAUCCUCCCAGAGCUGAUUAGCACGCCGCCAACAUGCUCCAGAUAUGUCUGGAUAAGCGCUGGUGUAAUACUCUUUUGCACAUUGCCAAACUGGGAUCAGCUUCAGAUUCAGACAAUGUCACUGUAGUGCUAGUGGCAGGAAUCCCUACGGGAGUCAUUCAACGAGACGCGGAAAAUCUAUCAUUCAAGGAAUAGCAUUAUUCGGACUAAAUAAAAAAAUUGCACUGUU